CUAAUUGGUAAUUAGUUGUCCCUACGCUGAUUACUACUUCCCCAAGCACUUUGGUGAAGGAAUGAAUCCCGCCCAGCUCGCCGGUCCAGCCAGGUCUCGGUUCGGUUUUGCUCUCCAGACUCAUCUUCCUUAUGAAGGCCAGAUCAAGGGAGAAAGCAAGCCGGCGCCUGGCCUCGGACUCUGAACAGCGCGCAGCUCGCUCCCCGGAGGAUCAGCCCCGAACCUGCGAAGGGCUCCCCACUCCUGCCAGCCCACACCAAGCUUCUUGCAGCCCGGGGAGCAAGUGGAACUAAACCUGCGGCAGAUGGCAUGGUGGGGAUGCAAGCCUAUCAAGCGUGUGAAGGAUAAUUACUCGCCAAGGUGGUAUAGUUUGAGAAAGGAAGUGUCAUUUUUGUCAUAGCCUUCCUACUGGGCUCCGUCAACAUGGAACCUGCCUCCCUGGGAACAGGAAAGGUUAAAGCCUAUCAUUUUAGCUCAGUUGGAAUGAGAGAUCUGAUUUGUCCGUGUUUGGAGAGUCUGAAGGUUUAAAUGUGUAUUUGGCUACUUGGCUACUGAGUAGAGAACACAAAAUGAAUAACUCCACCAACUCCUCUAACAGUGGCCUGGCUCUGACCAGUCCUUAUAAGACAUUUGAAGUGGUUUUUAUUGUCCUUGUCGCCGGAUCCCUCAGUUUGGUGACCAUUAUUGGGAACAUCCUGGUCAUGGUCUCCAUCAAAGUCAACCGACACCUCCAGACAGUCAACAAUUACUUUUUGUUCAGCUUGGCCUGUGCUGACCUCAUCAUUGGUGUUUUCUCCAUGAACCUGUACACUCUUUACACUGUGAUUGGCUACUGGCCUUUGGGCCCCGUGGUGUGUGACCUUUGGCUAGCUCUGGACUACGUGGUCAGUAAUGCCUCAGUAAUGAAUCUGCUCAUCAUCAGCUUUGACAGGUACUUCUGUGUCACGAAGCCGCUCACCUACCCCGUCAAGCGGACCACAAAAAUGGCAGGUAUGAUGAUUGCUGCUGCGUGGGUCCUCUCCUUCAUCCUCUGGGCUCCGGCCAUUCUCUUCUGGCAGUUCAUUGUAGGGGUGAGAACUGUGGAGGAUGGUGAAUGCUAUAUACAGUUUUUUUCCAACGCUGCUGUCACCUUUGGCACUGCCAUUGCAGCCUUCUAUUUGCCUGUGAUCAUCAUGACUGUAUUAUACUGGCACAUAUCCCGAGCCAGUAAGAGCAGGAUUAAGAAGGACAGGAAGGAGCCUGUGGCCAACCAAGAACCAGUUUCUCCAAGUUUGGUACAAGGAAGAAUAGUGAAGCCGAACAACAAUAAUAUGCCUGGCAGUGAUGAAGCCCUGGAGCACAACAAAAUCCAGAAUGGCAAAGCUCCCAGGGAUGCUGUGACUGAGAACUGUGUCCAGGGAGAGGAGAAAGAAAGCUCCAACGAUUCCACCUCAGUCAGUGCUGUUGCCUCUAAUAUGAGAGAUGAUGAAAUAACCCAGGAUGAAAACACAGUUUCCACUUCCCUGGGCCAUUCCAAAGAUGAGAACUCAAAGCAAACAUGCAUCAAAAUUGUCACCAAGACCCAAAAAAGUGACUCAUGCACCCCAGCUAAUACCACUGUGGAGCUUGUUGGUUCUUCAGGUCAGAAUGGAGAUGAAAAACAGAACAUUGUCGCUCGCAAGAUUGUGAAGAUGACCAAGCAGCCUGCAAAAAAGAAGCCGCCUCCUUCCCGGGAAAAGAAAGUGACCAGGACGAUCUUGGCUAUUCUGUUGGCUUUCAUCAUCACUUGGGCCCCGUACAACGUCAUGGUGCUCAUUAAUACCUUCUGUGCACCCUGCAUCCCCAACACAGUGUGGACAAUUGGUUAUUGGCUCUGUUACAUCAACAGCACUAUCAACCCUGCCUGCUAUGCACUUUGUAAUGCCACCUUCAAGAAGACCUUUAAACACCUUCUUAUGUGUCAUUAUAAGAACAUAGGCGCUACAAGGUAAAACAUCUUUGUAAAGAAGGAAGGUAGUCAAGAGGAGCUUGAGGAACAGAAAAAGAAUGAAAGAGCUCCUAGUUUUAAAAUCUCUGCCAUUGCACUUUAUAGUCUUAUUAAUGGAAUGUGCAAUUAAGGAGCCCUACAGUGACACUUAUUGUGCCUCUGCUCCAAUUUGAGAAACUUGCACCUUAUAAACCCUGCCAGUUUAGGAGCAAUGAGACCAUAAAAGAGACGUGUUGGAAUUGUGGAUUUAAGGAAUGAUCUGUAGUUUCUCAUACUCUCUUGAAGAAGGGCUUCUGAAUAUAUCAUUUUAUCUCUGCACACAAAAAUAAUAACCUCUUUUCUUUUUUGUUCACAUUUUUGUUACCAUGUGUCCAUAUGAGGAUGAAAUGCCACAAUUACAACCUAACCUCGAGACUUAAACAUAAAGAAAGCCAUUAUACAAUGAAGAAGUGAAGAAAGAAGAUCAAAAAAGGGUGUAGAAAUGGACUCCAGAGUGUUAAUAUAUAUUAUAAUUUUAUUACGGUUUGUGGGGAAUUGCAACCUAAUAAAUGUUUAUCUUUCUUUGCCAUACCCUUUUCCCACCAUCAAAAGAGAGCAAAGCAAACAAACAAAACCAAAAAUCUUAACUCGUAUCACAUCAUUAUUUUUCUCAUUAUGGCAUUGGUUUUUGUAUAUUGUGUAAGGGCAAAAUCUGCAGGACUUCUGCUAAAUACAACCAGAGACAGCCAUGCAAAAGGGUGUUUUACUCCUGCGCACUGUGUAUUUUGCCUUCUUUGGAGGUAUGCAGCCCUGUGAGGAUUUAGUUCACAUAUGAUCCUUCAUGGGAAAUAUUUUCACCAAUCCAGUUUUCUACUAAACUAGCCUAUUAUUUGAAUAUAAUAGUCUACCUAAUAUAGAAACAUGCUUGAAAAACCAAAGUCGUUUUUAAAUUGAGGUUUCAUCAAAUUAAAUAAUGGUCAUUCUUGUUGGAGAAAGUUUACUGAAGCCAGAUGAAUUCUGAGAUAAGAAAAUAGAAGGUGGAAAGGGCAUCAUGUUUCCACCUGAAUCUGCCUGACCCAUGUAUAAAAUGUUAACUUGUAAAACAUGAACUCCUGGUCUUUGUCAGCAGGAAGAAGAUGUUGCUUUAUUCAUCUGGAAUCUUAAAUAGGAUUAAACAUAGUCAUGUGGCACCAAUGACUUUUGGGCCAGUCCCAAGAGAAUGCUUACUAAAGGAUGAUAUCCAGUUUAGAGUCCAAUGAGAUUUAUAACCAUUCUGUAACCUGUGGAGGAAAAAAAGGAGAGUAAUUCAAAAAACUUUCCUGAAACCACAUGUUUUGUGUUCCUCAAACUGUCAAUUCUCCCUAAAAUUUUUUAACUCCAAAAUUCUGUCAAUGAGAAGUAUAGUAAUCUUGAUGGCAGAAGUGUCAUGGAUAUCAAACAGGCCGAGUGAGCUCAGCAGAAUAUGAAAGAAGGUAGGUAAAAGAAGGUAGUGGCACUUCCCACUGUUCCUUUAGUUAUAGACCUUAGAAAAUCAUAACAGGAAUGAUUACCCAGUGGUGGCUUUACAUAGACUCUUGUCUAUAUAGAGACUUUUUAUUGGCCAAUAAAUAUAUGAUUAUAUUGAUUCAUAUUUAGUUAUUUUUACUCCUUGACUUUUUUUCUUACUGUAUUUGCUAUAGUCUUCCAAUAAGUUUUUAAAACACGGCCCAAUCAGUAGCAAUCAAAUUUAUUAAAACCUUUUUGAAGUUCAUAUGUUGCAUUUUAGAUGUAUGGGCUUUAGGAUAUCUUGACCAUUAAUAUCCAUGUGAGGUGCAUGAUGAACUUGUCAGUAUUAGGCUUUAGUGCUUUAAUUAGAGUUCUUUUAUGUGACUUGCCUCUCAGAUGGCAUCUCAAAAAUUUUGAGAGCUGAAACAAAAAGCACAAGGUAAAUAACAAUAAAAAAGACAAUUAGCAAGAAGCAAAUCACCAACAUUUGUAAAUAACACAUCCUUUGUAAAAAUAACCUCUCGUUUCAAUAACUUCGGUCAUUCCCCCCAACCAAAUCUUUAUAAACAUAUAGCAUCAGUUCAUACAGAUUUCUUUAUUCUAAAAUUUGCAGUUGCUUUCACAUAAACUUUUAUAUUUCAAAUUCUUAUGUAUUUUUGUGUUGUUUCUGCAAGUCAGAGUAUCAGUUGAGCAAAAGGGACAUCAAGCCAAGUGGGCUGUUUGGUUUCCUGUAAACACAAUUGACUGGCUAAAUAUUUCACUUAUUAACUUGUACUAUUAUGAUGUAGAUUCAGCUAUAGUUGGGAUGAAUGCUUCGGAUUCAAGGAUUCAGGAUUCUGGAUUGGGGUCCUUUUUUUUGUCGUCUCUAACAAUCCAACUCCCGGUGAAUCAGACGGCUCUUACUCUCCACUGCCAUUCCAUCUUUUCCUCUCUUCCUUCUAUUCUUGAUCUUCACCAUAUCCACCACAACCUUCCUGAAAGAGAAACCAUCAAAAAUUAAAGGAAUUGAAUAUAGACUGACACAUCAUAGAAGUUGUCAACUGGAAUCAGAAAAAUGGGAAGAAUAUUGAAAUUAGUAGAUGAUUGGAAAGAUAUGGAGACUGCAUCCAAAAGCUUGCAUUAACUAUUGCUGGAUUUAUUUGUUUUUGUGGGUCCCAACCAGGGAUGAUUUUGCCUCCUAAGGGACAUUUAACAAUAUGUGGAGAUAUUUUUAGGUGUCACAACUUGAGGGUGGGUUACUGAAAUCUAGUGAAUAGAGUCCAGGAAUGCUGCUAAACGGCUUACGAUGCAUAAGAUAGACCCACAGCUAAGAAUUUUUUGGUUCAGGGGUUCCCGUCGUGGUGCAUUGGAAACGAAUCAGAUUAGGAAUCAUGAGUUGUGGGUUCGAUCCCUGGCCUUGCUCAGUGGGUUAAGGAUCUGGUGUUGCGGUGUAUUGUGGUGUAGAUCACAGACUUGGCUCAGAUCUGGCAUUGCUGUGGCUCUGGCACAGACCAGCAGGUACAGCUCCGAUUAGACUCCUAGCCUGGGAACCUCCAUAUUGCCAGUGGGUGCAGCCCUAAAAAAGACAAAAAAGAAAAUUUUGGUUCAAAAUGUCAGCAGUGCCAAAGUUGAGAAACCCUGGUCCCUUUUAAGGGAUUCUAGAGCUUGCUUUGUGUAAGUGGGAAAAUAAUCUUGUAUCAUUAUUAGAAUGUUAAUGCAAAUUACUCACCUAUUUGAAAAAGAUAAUACUGACCAGUUGUGUAUACAGACACACUGGUCAUCCACUGAGUCUGGUUUGUUUGUAAUUCACAGAUUGGGAACCCAGGACACAUCUACAUAUCCAAAAUCUCCAGACCAUGCACACUGCACAUUGUUUCCAGUUUCUUAACGUCCAGUUAUAAUUGCUACGGAGUCCAGUCAAUUGAAAUCAAAAUAGUUGGCCAGUAAGGUGGUUGCAGUUGAUAUGGUCACUUUCUAUUGGAGCUGCUAUUAUUCCUCUCAAAAACAUUAAGCGCCUCUUUCAGAAACAGAUGAUUCAUCUCCUUUGUCUUCACUGGAAAGGUGAACAUCUGUCAAGAAUUGCUUCUUUCCUUAAAGCAAUAAUGUAAAUAUCUUAGAGUGGUCUUAUAAGAAAAAGAGCUUAAGAAGGUGAAAAAGCCAGUUCAUUUCUUGAAAAAAGAAGUGACUACCCUUCUACCAGUCCAUCAUUAAUUUAAUGCCAGCUCCUAAGUAGUAGGACAAAGUCCUCAGUACAGUAAGUCACACAAGAUAAGCUUUCUGGUUUGAAUGUCAAAGCUGGAGGUUCCACAUACCCCUGCUCCUUGUCCAUUCACUGCUUUUUUUUUGAUCCUGAAGAUCUGAUAUCAGGGGAGAUGGGAGUUUAAAAUGAUGGCACCAUAUACUUAGAAAUCAACUUUUAUUUUCUCCUACUUUGUUCACUGGUAGUUGCCUUUCCCCCUGUUUGAUAGUAUGCCUUUCAACAACCACAGCACUGGUGUUGCAAAUAGAUUAGGGAAGCACCCAAAGCUGGAUGAAUUGUGCAAAGUGUAUUAUCAGCAUGUAUAUACAAUACCAUGCCUCUUAAAUAUGCUUCUCUUAAAAGGGUGCACGCUACAGCAUGAACUGUGUGCAUAUUUAAUGUAUCUUCCUGGAAUAUGCUGUAUGCUUAAUAUACAUAUUCUAUAAAUAAAGUAAUAAAAUGUACAAUAGAAAUACAUAUUUCUGUAUGCAAAUAAAUAUAUUAUACACAAAA